CUAAUCCACAGCCCUUUUCUUUUCUUCCUGUUUGAUUCAUUUUUGUGAUCCAGGUUUGAUAGACCAUUCAUUUGAGCAAUAAGCCCGUCUAGCUCAGUUGGUAGAGCGCAAGGCUCUUAACCUUGUGGUCGUGGGUUCGAGCCCCACGGUGGGCGCUUUCUUUUUUUUCUCUCUAUCUCUUUUUUCAUUUUUGGGUUCUUUAAUCAAUAAAGAUAACAAUAUCUUUAGGAAUGUCUGACCAAUCUGUCAUUGCUAGUAAGAUUGGAGUUAAAACAACGCAUAUAUAUAUAUAUAUACAUACAAGAUUACUACUACAUUGUUAUGUAGGUGGGUUGUUAAAAAACCGACUAGACAAAUCUUUUAUUUUUUUUGUACUGUAGAAACAUUAUUGAAAUUAUGUGAUUUUGUGUGAGACGGUGAAUUUCACAUUAUUUUAAGACAGUAAAUUUCACAGUUAACUUAAAAUUAUUGAUUUAUUUAUUUAUUUUUCUUUUCGUACAAGUACCACACGGAGAAAAAGAAUUGAAUUUCACAGGCACCAAUCGCGCCAAACGGCAGAAUAUGAACUGGGCCUGUUCUAUUGGUCUCUCUACAAAGCCUGGCCUUGUCUACUUCCACUCUCUUCUAAAUUCUCACAUUCAAACCAAAAAUCCAAAACAAGCUUUACUGCUUUUUCGUCAGUUGUACGAGUACAAUGUGAAACCCAAUGAUCUCACUUCCUCUUUGCUCCUAAAAGCUUGCACAUCUUCUUCCUCAUAUUUAAAUUCAGCUAAUGCUGAAAUAGAAGCGAACCAGAUUCAUACCCACUUGAUAAAAUCGGGUGUUGACCGAUUCGUAUAUGUGGGUACAGCUCUUCUUGAUCUGUACAUGAAAUUGGGGCGUGUGAGAAAUGCUCAGAAGCUGUUCGAUGAUAUGCCUGAGAGAGAUGAUGUCUCUUGGAAUGCACUGAUUUGUGGGGUUUCCAGAAACGGUCGUCAUUUCGAAGCCUUGGAACUCUUUGUUCAAAUGUGUAGAGAGGGGUUUCGUCCUCGUCAUACGACUUUGGUUAGUUUGGUACCGUCUUGUGGCAGGCAUGAGUUGGCUUUUCAGGGGAAAUCUGUUCAUGGGUUUGGAAUUAAGGCUGGCCUUGAUUCGGAUUCGCAAGUGAAGAAUGCUCUUACUUCGAUGUAUGGUAAAUGCGCAGAUUUGGAAGCGGCAGAAGUCUUGUUUGAAGAGAUUGGUGACAAGAGUGUGGUUUCUUGGAAUACUAUGAUCGGUGCUUAUGGCCAAAAUGGUUGCUUUGACGAGGCAAUGCUUGUGUUUAAACGUAUGCGAGAGGAGAAUGUGCAAGCCAAUCUGGUGACCGUGGUAAGCCUUCUGUCAGCAAAUGCCGGUCCAGAGUCUGCUCAUUGUCAUGCCAUUAAGACUGGUCUUGUAAAUAAUGCUUCUGUGAUUACUUCGCUGAUUUGUGAAUAUGCAACACGCGGCAACACAGAAUCCGGAGAACUGCUUUACAAAUCAUUGCCUCAGAAGAGUUUGGUUUCCCUAACAGCACUUAUUUCAAGUUAUGCUGAGAAAGGUAACCUCGGCCAGGUGAUGGAGUGUUUUGCUCACUUGCAGCAGUUAGACAUGAAACUAGAUGCAGUGGCUAUGGUUAGCAUCCUCCAUGGGAUAAAGCAUCCUGCUGACUUUGGCCUUGGACUUGCUUUCCAUGGUUACGGAUUGAAGACGGGGUUGACCGCUGAUUCUUUGGUUGUAAAUGGGUUGAUAAGCAUGUACUCAAGGUUUGACAAGAUAGUGGAUGCGUUUUCGUUAUUCUCUAAUAUGCGUGAAAAACCAUUGAUUACUUGGAAUUCUUUGAUAUCAGGCUGUGUUCAAGCUGGUAGGUCAAGUGAUGCGCUGGAGUUGUUUUCUCAGAUGAAAAUGUCUGGACAUAGUCCAGAUUCCAUUUCUAUCUCUAGUUUACUAUCUGGGUGUUGCCAAAUUGAGUACUUGAAAUUUGGGGAGGGACUUCAUACUUAUGUACUAAGAAACAACUUCGAAGGAGAAGAUUUUGUUGGAACUGCUCUUAUAGACAUGUACACCAAGUGUGGAAGAAUAGACCGUGCUGAAAGGGUGUUCAAGAGUAUAAAAGAGCCAUGCUUGGCAACAUGGAACUCAAUGAUCUCAGGUUAUAGCUUAUACGGGUUAGAAAAUAAAGCACUUGUUUGCUUCUCCGAAAUGCAAGAACAAGGACUGAAGCCUGAUAAAAUCACUUUUUUAGGAGUAUUUGCUGCUUGUACACACGGAGGUCUUGUUCAGGAAGGAAGAACAUAUUUCCAAGUGAUGAAGGAAAGGUUCAACCUGAUGCCAAGCUUGCAACACUGUGCUUGCAUGGUCAAUCUCUUUGGUCGUGCCGGUUUGUUGGACGAGGCAUUGAUGGUUAUUCGGGACAUGGAAAUAGACCCUGAUUUCGCAGUUUGGGGAGCUUUGCUCAAUGCUUGUUGCAUCCAUCAAGACGUGAAUCUUGGGGAAUACACAGCCAAAAAGUUGUUCUUCUUGGACAGUAAAAAUGCCGGCUUCCUCGUGUUGAUGUCGAAUCUUUACGCAGUUAAAGGCAGGUGGGAAGAUGUAGCAAGAGUGAGGGAGAUGAUGAGAGAGACCGGAGGUGAUGGAUGUUCAGGAAUUAGUGUUAUUGAGGCAAGUGAGCAGGCCAUAUGA